CAGUUUCGGUCACACGAAACGCUGCGAAAGAGGUGUAAAGCAAAAACGAAGAGAACGCAGCGCAGCCGAAAAAAAAUUUGAAGCAGCACUGCACGCGUUAUAUUUCUAUUUUCAAAAGUUUAUAGCAACAUUUAAAGUGAUUUGCCAGUCGAAAUUAAAGGAUAAAAGUGCCGGGCAGCCGAACCUCCGCAGAAGCAAGCGAAAAGACUGAUUACAAAGUAGUGGAAGCAUCCAGGACUAGGACCAGGAAUUGUUAUAAGGAGAGAAACUCGAGAGAAUCAACUCAUCUGCAACGAAAUCGAGAACUGCAACUGUCACUGUCACAAAAAAGAAGGAGCGGGAAACGGGAAGCACAGCAAACUGCAUUCGGCUAGGACAAGCCGUGCGUGAGAGUGCUGGAGGAGGAGCAGUCGGGAAGGACAUCAGGAUAACAGGAUAACAGGAUAACCCAAGCCACCAUCAGGAGCAGCCGCAGCAUGGAAGAUCUAUUGGUGGAAGUCCGGCUCGAAAAUGGCGCCUACUACAAGGGCCAUGUGACAGCUGUCGCCGAUGAUGGCAUCUUUGUGGAUGUGGAUGGCGUGACCGAAGUGAGGAAGUAUCCGUUUGUGAGCGUCCGCCUGCCGCCAGAGGAGACCGUCGAGGUGGCGGCGCCCACCUUUGAAGAGGGCAUGGAGGUGGAGGUGUUUACGCGCACAAAUGAGCGCGAGAACUGCGGCUGGUGGGUGGCCGUCAUCAAAAUGCUCAAAGCGGACAUCUGUGCGGUGGCCUACAUUGGUUUCGAGACGCCCUACACCGAGAUCUGCGAACUGGGUCGACUGCGCGCCAAAAACUCAAAUCCGCCAAUCACAGCCAAGUCGUUCUACCAGUUCACGCUGCCCGUUCCCGAAGAGCUGCGUGAAGAAGCCCAGAAGGAUGGCAUACACAAGGAGUUUCAGCGCACAAUCGAUGCCGGCGUCUGCAACUACAACCGCGACCUCACCGCCCUCAUUGUCCUUUCGAAAUGGGAGCACACUCAGAAGCGCGCCAGCAUGCUCAAGGAUAUGCAUUUUCGUAAUCUCUCACAGAAGGUUAUGCUCUUGAAAAGGACUGAAGAAGCUGCCCGUCAGCUCGAAACGACUAAACUGAUGAGCCGAGGGAAUUACGUUGAGGAAUUCCGAGUGCGCGACGAUCUCAUGGGGCUGGCCAUUGGCUCGCAUGGCUCGAAUAUACAGGCGGCACGCACGCUGGUCGGCGUCACCAAUAUCGAGCUGGAGGAGAAGUCCUGCACAUUCAAGAUCAGUGGCGAGACCGAGGAGUCAGUGCAGCGCGCGCGCGCCAUGCUCGAGUAUGCCGAGGAGUUCUUUCAGGUGCCCAGGGAGCUGGUGGGCAAGGUAAUCGGCAAGAAUGGCCGCAUCAUACAGGAGAUUGUGGACAAGAGCGGCGUGUUUCGAAUCAAGGUGAGUGCUAUCGCUGGCGAUGACGAGCAGGAUCAGAACAUCCCACGUGCGCCGGCGCAUGUACCCUUUGUGUUCAUUGGCACCGUGGAGAGCAUUGCGAAUGCCAAAGUGCUGCUGGAGUAUCAUCUGUCGCAUCUGAAGGAAGUGGAACAGCUGCGCCAGGAGAAAAUGGAGAUCGAUCAGCAGCUGCGAGCCAUACAGGAAUCCUCGAUGGGCUCCACAACAAGCUUCCCCGUCUCAAGGCGCUCAGAGCGCGGCUACAGUAGCGACAUUGAGUCGGUGCGCUCUAUGCGCGGUGGUGGCGGCGGCCAGCGCGGUCGUGGUCGUGGGCGCGGUGGCGGCGGACCUGGUGGCAACGGCGGCCUCAACCAGCGUUAUCACAACAAUCGACGCGACGAGGACGACUACAACUCCCGCGGUGACCAUCAGCGCGACCAGCGAGGCUACAACAACGAUCGUGGUGGCAGCGCCGGUGACGGCACUGGCAACUACCGUGGCGCCGGCAACAACCGUCGCGGUGGCAUCAAUCGCCGGCCGCCACGCAACGAGCAGCAGAACGGCAGAGACUAUCAGCACCACAAUCACACCGAGGAGGUGCGAGAGACGCGCGAAGUGAGCAGUGUGGAGAGGGCAGACAGCAACUCGUCGUACGAGGGCAGCUCGAGAAGGCGCAGAAAGCAGAAGAGCAACAACGGGCCCAGCAACACAAACGGUGCGGUGGCCAACAACAGCAUCAAACCACAACAGCAGCAGGCGCAACAGCUGCCACAGCAGACUGCGUCGCAGCCGGGCAAGACGUCGCUGAAUGCCGCCGGGGAAAACAGCAAACAGAGCAGCAUUGGUAAUGCGAACACCGCCAGCGGUACGAGCAAGCCCAAGGAUCCAUCGCGUAAUAGCGACAAACAGCAGGCGGGCGCACAGCCACAGCAGCAGCAGGCGCCGCAGCAACCACCGCAGCCACAGGCAGCGCAGCAAUUGCAGCAGCAGCAGCAAAUAGCUCCACUGCAGCAGCAGCCGAAAGCGCGCCGUAACAACAAAAACCGCAGCAGCAACAAUCACACGGAUCAGCAGGUCGGCUCGCAGCAGUACCAACAGCAGCAGCUGACGGAGAACAUCAAGAAGGAAGGUCUGGUGAAUGGCACGUCCUAGGCGGAGAAAGGGAAGAUACCGAACCACACAAAAGGCCGCAUCGCUCGAGUAAAUUAACGUUCGACACUAGGCUGUAUGCGCAGAGGGCAGAGGAAUAAAUAUUAAUGUUUAUAUCGUUAAAAGUCGCCGUUGCCCCUCAAUACCGAACAACUGCAACAACACCAAUACCAACAACUGAAACUGAAACAACCACAACAACAUCUACAGGCAACAUCAUCCGCAAAUAACAUGUUCGAGAAGAGAAACUAAAUGAGUAACUAAAAAAGGAAAUCAUAAAUUAAAUAUACAUGAGAUAUGUAAUAAUUGUAACAGCAUAUACUAACACCCACACACACACACACACACACACACACACGCCCACAACCACACCCACAGCCACUCUCAUUCACAUAUACAUACACACAAACACACACACACACAGUUCGAAUUAUACACAAAAGAAUUAUUAAAUAAAAUUCAUGGCUAGGCUUAUAAUUUAAAUUGAGAGUUAACCUUGCUUCGAUAACAAUCAAAAUGAAUGAAUGAAUGAACAAAAAUGAAUUAUAUUUAUGUACGAAUAUAAAACCAAUUCAAAAGCAAUUAUUAUCAUGCGAAACGAAUCGAGACAAAAGGAAAUUUAAAUAUGUAACUAAAACUUAAACCCUGUUCCAGGCAAUUAUCGUAGUUUUUCGCAAAAUGAAUGUCGGCGGAGAUGAGCCUCGCUUCCAAAGCGCCCCUCCCGUCAAACCCGAAGAGUUUCGAUUAUAAAUAUUGUAGUUAAAAAGGAGAAUCAUGUAAUUGAAAUAUUUUGUGUGUAUUUUGGUUAAACAAUUAUUUUAAGUUUGUUAGUUUUUUGUGUAUAAUUCGUGCGUGCAGACUCACUGAAUCGCCCAGCAGUUUUUUUCAUUUUUUAAAUAUCAUUAUUUUUGUAUUAUUAUUGUUUAGUUUACAAGUGUAAAAGCCACGACAAACAAAAGGGAAUCGGAGGCGAGUGCGCAGCGUUUUAUUGUUUCUUUUGUGCGUUACAACAUGGAAAAUCCUCUCUUAUUUGUAUAAUGUUGUAUUUAUUCACUAUUAUUAACACACCCACAAACACACACACCACUCACGAAUAUACACACAUACGUACAUACACUAGUGCACGCGCUCGCUCAUGCAAAGGAGCAUUCGGAGGGAACUGCAUUGAAUUUGAUUUUGUUUUAUGAAUAUGUAUACUUAUAAUUUAGUUGCCAAAACCUACAACGCGUAUACUAACUUAGUCCUCUAUUGAAUACUCUUAAAUUAUUUAAACACCAACCACAAAACAGCGCCGAACAUUGAACACAAUCCAAGCCCAUCAACACUAAAGUGGUAAACAUUUAGAUCAAACCAUAAUAUUGGGAGCGCCACUAAUUAUAAUUGAAAUUAGUUGAAGCAAAAGGAAAACAACCAGCAAAAAAAAAAAAAACAAAUUAAAAUAUGAAAAACAUACAAAAUGUAAAGCAAAAAAAAAACAUAAACCAGAAUGCAAACCCAUCUAAGAACAAGAAACAAAAAAAAACCGGCAACCAGAAGCAAAAACAGAAGAACGGAAAUGGAGUAGUUCCAUUUAUUCGAAGAACAGUGUCAAUAAUAUGUAAGAAAAUCAAAAAAAAAAAA